AUGCGCUUCCUGGCGGCUUCUGCGGCGCUUUUGUCGUCGACUGCUUUGGCGGUUCUCAAUGCCACACAAAACGAUGCGAGCUUGACCAUCGCUAACGAGAGGCUGGUAGCUUCGGUUAGUAAAAGCCGGGGUUAUGUCAAUGUGCUCACUCUUGAUGGACAGAAUCUUCUUGGCACUGAGAAUGGAAACACUGGCGUGGGACCCUAUCUCGACUGCUAUUGUACACCUAGCGGCUUCUGGACUCCUGGUCGCGGCAAACAAGUCGACUACGAGUUAUAUAACGGCACGGACUCCACGGGAAAGAAGUAUGGUGGAAUCAGCAUGGGCGAGACUUACGCUGCGACCGGCCAGCGGUUGGAACAGUACUGGUUUCUGAAGGAAGGCGAAACCGGUCUCCACACUUUCAGCCGCAUUGUGUAUAACAACAAGACUACGCCGUUCUUGAGAAACCUCCAGGAGUUCCGUACAAUGUUCCGCCCAAACCAUGACCCACCAUUGUUCACACAUUUCAUCACUAACGAGAAGUUCGCGGCACCGCGGCCAGAUACCGAAGGCCAGGUGACCGUGCAGGAUGCUACUUGGUGGCUCCCCAACAAGGAUUCCCCAUACGUGCAGGGCGUUGGCGAUUACUUCACCAAGUACACAUUUCAAGACACCUGGCGCAAUCACAAGGCUCAUGGCAUGUAUGCCGACGGAUCAGGAAGUAACGGAACAUCGUUUGGGGCUUGGCUCGUACACAACACUGUCGAGACGUACUACAAUGGACCUGUGCAUUCUGACCUGGUUGUUGACGGUAUUGUUUAUAACUACAUGGUCAGCAACCAUCACGGGGAUCAAACUCCCAACAUCACAGACGGUUUCGACCGCACCUUUGGCCCUCAAUACUUCCACUUCAAUAAGGAUGGCUCGCUCAGCGAGCUACGCGCUGACGCAGAGCAAUAUGGUUUGCGUCCAGACUGGAACGCAAAGUUCUACGACUCCAUCGCAAAACACGUCCCCAAUCUCGUCACUACUUCCGGGCGCGGUACCUUCAACGCACGAGUAGCUCUUCCCAAGAACGCAAAGAACCCUAUCGCCAUCCUAACAGAGAGCGGCCGUAACUACCAAGACAACGUCUACGACGCCAAAGCCUACCAGUACUGGAGUGAAAUUGACAACAGAGGCAAAGUCACCAUUCCCCGCGUCAAGGCAGGGGAAUACAGACUGACUAUCUACGCUGACGGCAUCUUUGGCGAAUUCAUCCGCGACAACGUCGCCAUCUCCGCCGGCAAAGAAACACAACUCAACGUAGAAUGGAAGGCGGAAUCAGCAGGCACAGAGCUCUUCCGCAUCGGCACACCGGACAAGUCCUCCGGCGAGUAUCGCCACGGCUAUGCCGCGUCUCCCGACCACCCGCUCCUCACUGAAGAAUACCGCUUGUACUGGGCGGCGUACGACUUCGUGGAUGAGUUUCCGGAGGGUGUGACGUACAAAGUCGGUCGAGACGACCCGGCGAAAACAUUAAACUACGUCCACUGGAGUGUGUUUGGGGGUAAAGCGAAUUAUGAACGGCCUGAGCCAGUCUACGAUAACAUCAACAAUUGGACCAUCCUGUUCGAUACCAAAGCAAACCAGCUCAAGGGGAAGAAGACGGCAACAUUCACCGUCCAACUCGCAGGCGCCAAAACUGCCGCCGGCAACACCGACGUCUUCAACGCGUCCGAGCCCUACUCCAACCUCCCUUAUACCGUCAACGUCAACGGCAAGGACCUCGCGCCCUGGGUAAUCCCCUACUAUCAAUCCAGCUCCUGCGCUGUGCGGUCCGCAGUAAUCUGCUACCAGCUUGCGCACAAGUUUGUGUUCGAUGUGGGGCUGCUGAAGGCGGGCGAGAAUACGUUUGUGCUGAGCCUGCCGUACAAUGCGACGAAUUACGAGAGCGCGCUGUUGCCGGAGUCGGUUUACGUGCAGUAUGAUGCGCUGAGGCUGGAGGUGAAGUAG